CCAGGUAUUCAUUCAAUCGCUCCUGAAUUGCCGACUUUGCCGGUUGUCCUAACUAAUUAAAACAAAACAUCAUAAAGAAAACACAAAAUGUUUAAAUUGUCUAUCGAUUUAAAUCUAAUAUGCGUAUCGUUGUUUGUGCUCGUUUGUGCAAUCUUGCUUCUUUUCGUACUUCUGGAUGUUAAUUACUUCCUAAGAGUCGGGUUCACCAUCCUCAAAGGCAGAUAUUUCGAGAAGCCCGUAAAAAUUGAUGGAACAUCCGAAAUAUUUGACAUCUGUACGACAAACGAUUUGGACUUGUUCUUAAAUUAUAUGAGCAAUUCGCGUUACGUAAGAGCAGCUGAUUUCGGUAGGUUUCACUUCCUGGACCGUACGGGCCUGUUGAAGGUGAUCACCAAAGCCAAAGCUCACAUUAUGCAGGGAGCUUGCAACGUCAGAUUCCGAAGACCUAUCCCAUUAACAUCCACGUACAAACUCACGACAAAGAUUGUUUACUGGGACGAGAAAAGUAUUUUCUUUGAGCAACAGUUCAUCACAUCUGACGGUUUUAUAAGGGCUGUUAUUAUCAGCCAGAACAAAUUGAUAAAUUUGAGUGUACCGGAGACGAUGGCUAAAUUAAUGGACAAGGAUGAAAGCUACAGACCGGAUAUUCCCGAAGAGGUCAAGCUGUGGGUGUCUAGCAUCACUGCGUCUAGCAACAGAUUACGGAAAACGGACUAGGGGACGUACUCAUUACACUCUUCGCUCUUUGUUUCUUCAAUCUGCGGGUUUGCUGCUCUCGCUUUUUGCUAUUUUUUUAAUUUAUUUAUUGUAAGAUCAUUAAUUUCAAUGAGGCAUUAGAAUGCAUAACGUUCCAAUAAUAGACGUUUAAUGCUGACUCUUUAGGAAUUAGUUAUUUUAUUCAGUUUGGUAAAUAAUGGGACGUUCGUUAAUUAAUUAUUAUAGCUAUGU